AGCCUUCUCCCACACCGUACAACUGCUGGCUGCGCAUGCGCGUGUUGUCACCCUGUCAUCCAGCAGCCGGAGGUGGAAACGAAGGAGAGAGUCAUGGAUAGCGGUGAGGAUGCAGCUCAGAGGCCUCUGACUCUGGACAUCACAGUCAUAGGAGCAGAAGAGCCUGAGGCUCAUAUCCCCUCAGAGGCUGCCACCAUCAGCAGCCAGCCCAACGCUACAGACACUCUCUUUCAGGAGGAGAGCAUUGACCUGGAUGCAGAAGCGUUUGUUUCCCCUCAGGACGACAGCGGUGCGUCAGUGAGCGUGAUGGACAAGCUCAACGACCAAAUGAUGGAGAGCGUCAUGAUCUCGGACUCGCCCAACAGUGAGGAAGAUGACGUCCCUAUUGACUCGCUUUUGGAGCAAGCGGAAGACAAGCAGUCUUUGGACUCCAAAGAGCUUGAAGAUGAUAAGGAGAAGGAGGCAAAACAAGAAGAGGUGGAGACUGGAACUCUAGAGGGAGCACCUGAAGCUAGAGGGGAACCCGAGGGUUCUUCUUUUGCUGCCGCUUUAGUGGACAAAGGGGAGGCAGAAGUAGAAGUAAAUGAAAAUGACAGCACAAAGGAAAUGCUCACAAGUAGCCAUGUUACUGCAGGCACACCUACUUCUGACAGCCCUGAAGGCCAGGAAAUGAUGCUUGAAGUGGGCGAGGCUGCUGCAGCUGAUGCUGCUGCUGAAGCCGCUAAAGAAGAACCCAUUCCCGUGUGCACAAUUUUUAGCCAAGGCAUGCAGCCCAAAACCCUAGUACCUGAUGGCUUUCAGCCCACCCUGGUUAAAUCCCCAAGCUUUAGCUGUGGCGCCAAUGAAACCCCCAAUAAACUAGCCCCACUGGUAUGCCAGCCCAGCCCCAGCCUCAGCAAGUUCUUCGCUGAUAACGGCACGGUCAAUCCGGCCUCAGACUUCUUCGACUCAUUCACCACGUCCUCCUCCAUCAUCUCCAUUAGCAACCCUAAUGCUGAGUCACCCAAGGCUACCUCUGCUGCCCCCCCUGAGCGUCAGCUUUCCUCUGGCUCAAGCACUGUUCCGUCUACUGGGCAUCAGGAUGGAGGGACUCCUACUGCUUACUUCAGCACUGCUCCACAGGACAGCGCCCCAAAGCCUGUAGUCGGCCCGGCGGAACCUGCAGCAACCAUGACUAAGCUCCAAGCGGUCUUCUCCGGCAGCGAUGACCCGUUCGCCAGUGCUCUGAGUAUGAGUGAGGUAGACAGGCGCUACGAUGCCUGGGUGCCCUCCGAGGAGACAAGGAGAGUGCUCAUCUCUGUGGCUACUCAGCAGGUCAACCCUGUUUACGUUGAGAGAGACCGCUUGUCCAUGCCUGGACUCAAGUUUGACAAUUUGCAGGGCGAUGCAGUGAAGGACCUGAUGUUGCGUUUCCUUGGAGACCAGGCAGCGAUGAAGCGGCAGGUUCUCACAGCUAACUCAGUGGAGCAGAACUUCCUGGGACUAAAGCAGCUAAUUAGCACCAAGAACUGGAGGGCAGCGGUGGACCUGACUGGCAGACUGCUGACGGCUCACGGCCAAGGCUACGGCAAGAGCGGCCAACCCACCAGCCACACCACCGACUCCCUGCAGCUGUGGUUUGUGCGCCUGGCUCUGCUGGUUAAGCUGAACCUGUUCCAGAAUGCUGAACUGGAGUUUGAGCCUUUUGGAAAUGUGGACCAGCCGGACCUGUACUAUGAAUACUAUCCUACAGUGUACCCGGGAAGACGAGGCUCGAUGGUGCCGUUCUCCAUGCGAGUGCUGCACGCUGAACUGCCUCAGUACUUAAACAAGCCCCAGGAGUCUCUCGACCGCCUGCACAGCAUGAGAAGCGUCUGUCAGAAAAUCCUGGCUAAUCUGGAGGAGGGCCUGGCCGAGGACGGCAGUAUGAUGACCCUGACUCAGGAGAACAGGCAAGCCUCUAUUCAGCUGUGGAGGUCACGUCUGUGCCGGGUGAUGUACUCCAUGGCAAACUGUCUGCUAAUGAUGAAGGAUUAUAUUUUGGCAGUGGAGACGUACCGCUCCAUCAUCCAGUACGAGUCGGAGCAGAGUGUGCAGCUGCUGAGUGGAAUAGGACGCAUUUUCCUACAGAUUGGAGACAUCAAAAUGGCUGAGAAGUAUUUCCAAGACGCGGAAAAAGUCUGUCAGGAAAAGGGACGAGGACAAGCACAGGAAACCGCCGUGCUAAUGAACAAGGCUUUUGUUUACCUCAGCCAGAACAAUUACGCAGAAGCUCACACGUGUUUCUCCGGCAUCUUGAAAAUCGAUCCCAAGAAUCCUGUGGCAAACAACAACGCAGCAGUGUGUUUACUGUACCUGGGCCGCCUGAAGGAGUCCCUCGGGCAGCUGGAGAGCUUGGUGCAGCAGGACCCAGCCCUCUACUUGCACGAGAGCGUGCUCUUUAACCUCACCACCAUGUACGAGCUGGAGUCGUCCCGCAGCACGCAGAAGAAGCAGGCCCUGCUGGAGGCCGUGGCCUCUCGGGAAGGGGACAGCUUCAACACGCAGUGUCUCAAACUGGUGUAAGGAGCCAGGAGCUUGGAAUUCCACAGCCGAUGCGGAGGGCAUUAGCACCACAUCAGUGCACUGAGAAGCAGCUCCGAGACAUCACAUGACCGCUUUAACAAGAACCAACUGAAAAUGCUGUUAAUCCAUAUUUGCAGUUUUUCUAAGACGUGGAAUGUUGUGCGUGACCGAAACCAAAGCUGACCUGUUGUAUGCCCUGUUGGCACCUGGAAAGAUGUGUGCAGUGAGCUUUUAAACCAAUGUUUCCUGCUUUUUUCAAGCCCAGGGAGAAUGUAAGUAGAUGUAAAAUCCCAAAAAUUGUACAUAUUUAAAUCUAGUUUGCAUAAAGCAUUACAGCAAUAUCAUUCUGGGCUGAGUUUCUUAAAAGCAUCAUAGAGUUACGAUAAACUUCACUAUUCGUAGAGUUUUCAAAGUAGUUCUCUACCACGGUUGUGGUGAUCACUGCUCUGCCUCUGAGCUUCUGAGAAACUCACUCCUGCCUGUUUUAUUUUAAAUAGCAUUUUUAAGAAAGUGACCAGAAUUUGCAAACACUUUAUUAUGAUGUUCUACUAUUUUAAUGUACCUUUAACAUGCAUUAUUGUUAUUAUGGACGUGUUCUUGUGUGUGUAUUGCUGCUUGUAUGGUGUGGUAAUCAACUGUACUGUACAUUUUUGGAUACUAGAAAAGGAAAUGUUGUGAAUCUAAAUAAACGUAAGCUGAUUUCAAA